AUGAACGCCGUCAGCGCGCAGGAUGAGUUUUCCAAGUGGGCCAAACUGAGGAGGCAGCACGACAAGGCCAUGGAGGAGCAUGAUAAGAAAGCCGCCGCAGUUUCCUCCUCCCGGUCCUCGUUCGACACAAAGGCCACAGCCAUUCGAUGGACGUCCACAAGCGGCCUGAGACUCGCGCUGCAGUUCUGGCACGCAAAGACACCCGUCUUCACCUACCCGCGCGGCUGGUUCCCGUGGUACAUCGAGUGGUUGCUCGGCUUUCCGCGAUGCCCCUACGGCGGCGUGAGCAUCAACGUCUGGAGCACUGCUUGCGCGACCGUCAUUGCGCUGGUGUGGGAUGUCAUGGUGUACCUGAUACAGAGCGUGCAGCAGGUACGAGGAGGCGAUCAAAAGGGGGAGAAGGAAAAGGUCAACAACGAUAGAAGAAAAGAAGAAAUGAGAAUAUGA